AAAGCCAGGGGUCCAGGCCCCUGGUAAUUUAUUAGAGAAUCUCACAAUUUGUUUUUUAAUAGAACUUGGAAAUGUAAACUUCUAUCGCGUUGUGAAAAAAGCGCGGACUCACAGUCGAUUUAAGCCCAAAGAUCGAUCCUCGUCAAACAAUUUGCAUACCAUUUGCCAAAAAUGACUUGCUACUACGCAAACUACUACGUGCGUACUCACACUCUAUUACCUUUACGUUUCUGCAUACAAAAAAACAUAUACAUAUAUCAGGUACUCACUGCCAUUGAGAGCAGGGCCUUCCUUAACUGCCAGAAAAUGGUUCUAAAAUUCGCAGAUCGAUGCAGUUUAUGUCUUGUAAGCACGGGUUUCCUCUCAAGUAUCUUUGAAGAAUCCCAACACACACUAAUUCGCUUUGGAGCCUCAAUCUCCAAACAAGGAUGAUAGACUUGAAUGGAGUGAUGCAGUUAUAGGUCAACAAUGGCUAGAAAACUCCAGGAGGGAACAGUUGAGAAGGGACAAAAAUAAUUCGAUGAGGGAGAGGAUUGUGAGGGCUGCUAAGUGAGGGUAUUGGGCGAUGUAAGAGGUGUGAAAGAGCAGGUGUAAUAGGAUGAUGGGGUCGGUUCUGUGGGUGAUCGGUUCAGCUAUGUUCAGGGAAGGGCAUAUAGAAAUAAAUUGGUGGAUGGGGGAAAUAGGCGCUUGCUUUUGAGGGGCAUGACUCGUAGAGCUGAUUUCGUUUUGUGGAAGGAGUGAUGUUAAGAUUUCUUGAUUUCUUUUGCAAGGAAAGGAAUCAUGGAUGCAUAGCUCGGCUUUCACGUCUUUUGAAUCUUGGGUGGAAAUAGAAUACUGGAAGUGGAAUAGGGAAUGAGUUAAUGUAAAGUCACGAUAGAUUGGAUGAA